AUGAAAGAAUCAAAAACUAAUAGUAAAAGGCUCCGAGAAUACAAUAUCACUUUUAUGGAGGAAGAUGCAGACAGAUUGCUGCUACCACACAAUGGUGCACUGGUAAUUUCUUUAAAUGUAUUAUAUUUUAAGAUUAAAGGUGUUAUAGUGGAUCUAGGAAGUUCAGCUAAUAUCAUGCAAUGGAGAGUACUGGAACAAGCUAAACUCACCAGAAGCAUUAUUCCGGCAACAAAGCUCCUCUUUGAAUUCAACCUCACGAGCGUGACAACCGGGGGAGAGAUUUUGCUGCUCACAAAUGCUAAAGGAGUAAUGAAAACAAUUCUCUUCGAAGUUGUAGAUGGAGACAUAGGGUACAAUAUUAUCCUAGGAAGGCCAUGGUUACACGAGAUGAAAGUUGUGCCUUCAACGUAUCACCGAUUAUUUAAAUUUUCGACACCCGAGGGGAUCAAGCAGAUAAGGGGUGAUCAACCGGCAGCAAGGGAUAUGAAUGCAAUUUCGAUCUCUAGUAGCAAAGGAAAGGAGCGCGCGGCAUAG